AAAUCUCAUUUUGUGUGUUAACGCGUCUCCAAAAUGUUGCUGGUUUAUUCAAUAUUAGUGUUUGGUUCUAGUUUUUGGUGUAAUAGUGUUAAGGCUAUAGAUUUGCCACAAGACUAUGUGCAACUUAUUGAACAAUUCAAUCCUGCGAUACAAGAAAAUAUUGUUAGUGCUUUCAAUAAUGCCAUGGCACGCAAUCACCGUAGGAAAAACUUCAUCAAAACCGUUCACAGUUUGGAUGCCAUCUUGAUAUCGCUAGACAAUACGAAAAUAGAAUUGAGCGACUUGAAAUUGCAAUGGCUGCCCGACUUCAAGGUCAUCAAUUUAUCGGUGGACCUUUGCAAACUAUGCCUGGAUAUCGAUUUUAAGCUGGGCGAUUUGACGGUGGCCGGCAACUACGAAGCAAACAACGUAAGACUGCAACGAGUGCUUCCAGUGUCGAGUAACGGAAAUCUCAGUGUAAAUUUCACAGAUGUGGCGGUAAAAGGCAGAGUAGGCCUCCUAAUCCAAGGCGACUCUUUUAUGCCCGAAAACUACGACGUCAACUAUGCUUGGGAAAAGACCGAAGUUUCCGUAAGCUAUUUUGUGGAUAAAGAGACAAAAGUGGAAAACAAAAUCACAAUUGCAGAAGGCGAGCAAGUUAUAGCCGAGGCGAUUUGGCACCAACUCAGGGAAAUUUUAACGACAAUCCUAAAGGAACAACUCAAAUGUGUCGUGGUUGAGUAUUCGGUGCAGGAAUCCUUAGCCGAUGAAGAUGAGAAAUUAAGAGAACUGGCUCGAUAUCAUGCGGCCAAAGCUAACGGGUUGUUCGACGCGCUCCUUUGCGCAGCAAAAGACUAUUUGGUCGUCAAAGACCAGAGGAUGAUUGAAACGCCGUCGUUCGAAACAAUUUUCCGCGGAAAAGUGACCAGCACGGAAACCGGACUGUUCGAAUCCGGUACCGGAUACGUCAAGGAUCUCUCGACGUUAAGCCGAUUGUCGGAUUUGAGUUUGUUUGAAGACGAACGUCAGCUGCUCGUUUACGGAACGCUGGGCUUGAGGGAAUUUAAGCACGGCUACGAUUCGUUCAAGACGAAAUUCGACGGCAACGAAUUAACGGGAAGUCUCCGAGCCCAAAUAUACGCGACCGAAAUAUUUGUGAAGUUUUCCUUUGAGAAAAACCAAGAGAAUCCGCACAAGACGAAACUGGAGAAAAUCGAAACCAGAUUGCUCAGCGACAUCGAAACGGAUAGUUCCGGUUUGGGUUCGUUAAGUUGGCUAAUACCGAAAACUCAGUCAUGGGUGAUGGGCUAUUUGCGUUCUACAGCCAUGGGUGUUCUUUUGAAAACCAUUGGAGAGGCCUUUAAUCACGUGAUCGAAGAGGAAUUGAGGAAAACUCAAAAAAACGACAUCGAAGGCGAAAAGAGCCGGUUGUUUUGGAGGAGCAUAUUCAGCAAAUAAAAAAUGAUUAUUAUUCUAUUU